AUGACCCGAACACGAAUUCCCCUUCGAAUUUCUUUCCUUCUGCUUGCUUUCGGUCUCGUCCGUGUGUGGACAGCCCCUCUUCCAUCGGACCCGACGUCUGCAGAUGUCUACGAGCAUGCUGACACCGGCGUUGCGCUUCCUAGAUCAUUCCCUGGUUCUGGAGCAAUGAUGUCCAAAGUAGCAAAAAGACAAGUCCCUGAAGCUAACGACCCUGCUGCGGCUACCACUCCUUCCAGCACCGGUGCUGGUGCUACUUCUGGCGUUCUUACCGCUGUGGGAGAUAGCACUUUCAAUAGUAUCCCUACCAGCACCUCUGCUGCUGGUGCUCCAAGCGCCACGGGCGCCGAGCCUGAAGCAUCAGGAGUUGCUAGUGGCAAUUCUCAAGAUCCUUCCGCCUCUGGUGGCGAUGAGAUCGAUGGCAACGACGACACAGGUGCAGGUGACGAUUCAACCGUCGGUGAUGAUGAACCCGCGAGUAAUGAGCUACCGGCCAGCGAUUCUAAUACAGCUAACGGCGAUGGUACUAGUGGAGAAGAGUCCAGCACCGGACACACCGGCUCAACUCAAGGUCCCCUUGCAAUGGGUUAUUUUCCCGACUGGGCUGGUGUUACCCCCGAACAGCUCGACUUCAAAUUGUUUGAUUGGAUUGAUUUCGCCUUUGCUAUUCCUAGUUCGAGCGGUAGUGUCGGCUUCGAAGACGAAUCCUCAGAGACGAAGCUUUUGGGUGAUCUGGUCAAGGCUGCGCACGUAGCCAAUACAAAGGUUAAACUUAGUGUUGGUGGAUGGACUGGUAGCAAGGAUUUUUCCAAGAUCGUCUCUUCUGGACAAGGUAGGCGCUCGCUAGCCAAAAGCAUACUUUCGUUGUACAAGAAAUACGACCUUGAUGGCAUUGACAUCGAUUGGGAGUAUCCCGGACAAGCGGGAGAGUCCUCCGCCUUCCAAAAAGAUGAUUCUGCCAACUUUCUCGCAUUCUUGCAACUCCUUCGUAAAUCAUUACCAUCCGGUGCAAAAAUCAGUGCUGCUGUCCAGCCUACCACCUUCGUUGGUGACGAUGGACAACCCAUGAAAGAUGUGUCUAAAUUUGCCAAGGUUCUGGAUUGGGUUACAAUUAUGAACUAUGAUGUUUCGUUGUCAUCUUCAACACCAGGUCCCAAUGCACCUUUGGGUAGUUGCCCUAGUGCCAAACGGCCUGACGCUAAUGCAAAAGGCGGUCUCAAGGCCUGGACGUCAGCGGGCUUCCCAGCUAACCAAAUCGUCCUCGGGAUCGCGUCGUAUGGAUACAUCUCAAAGUCCACGGCGAAAGAGCUGGUGAUUCGUAAUGACCGUCCGGAUAAAAGGCAAGAAACACCCGGUGCUGCCGGUACAGGCACUAGUGCUUCUGCGGGCGUGCCCACAAGUAUUCCGAGUUCUACGGGCGCAGCAGCACCUGAUUCUGGUGCUACUAGCACCACCGCUUAUUCUGCUGCGCCGUCUGUCUCUACUGAUGGUGGUGGAGAGGGUGUCGCUAGUCAAGAUACACCGCCUACGACAGAUGGGGGUGACAAUGCUACGGAUCCCACUGAUGGAGGCGCUGAUAAUACCGCUAGCAGCGACGAGGGCCCUGACGACACCGUUGACAAAGGUAAUAGUGGUACGGGCGACUCGGACAAGGCUGGCACUGGUGGUGGCGCAGGCCUCACGCCUGAUCAAGGCGGCAAGAACAUGAUUAUGUUCAAAAGCAUCAUUAAGCAGGGUGCCCUGACAUCCGACUACAAAGGAGCUAAAGGAUUCACACGGCUCUGGGACAAAUGUUCUAGUACUCCAUUCUUGCGCUCGGAAACCGCUGGCCAAGUUGUCUCAUAUGACGACCCUCAGUCAAUCAUGCUCAAAGGCCAAUUUGUCAAAAAAUCGGGUAUGCUUGGAACGAACAUGUGGGACAUGAACGGAGAUACGAAGGACUCGGCGCUGAUGAAUGCAGCGAGAAAAGGGAUGGGGAUUUCAUCGAAAUCGUCUUCCUCAAGUUCUCAAACAUCCGGAGGUGCUUCUAAAGGGACCGGCGGCGAUAUCACCAGCGAGACGGACGGGGAGACAAAUGUCAAUGAUGGUUUAGUAGAGCAGGAUCCCGAUGUCGGAGGUGAUUCUACCAUGGACAGUUCUCCUGGGGAUCCCCCUAUAGCUAACCAGACUCCGGCAGCGGCUAGUAGUUCACCCACUGCUAGUCAGAGUCCAGCUGUAAACGGCGGUGAUGCAUCCGCAUCUGCCACGAAUAGUCAAAGUACCUCCGUUGGUGGUGUCAAGCGUCGUCGCCGACGUAUUUAUUCUUCAUCUGAGUAG